AUGAAACGAGGAGCAUGUAUGGAUUUCGAUUCCAUUAAAUAUUACUACACAUGGACUGUGGACUAUGCUAGGAUACAGAACGACUUCAUAGACACUAUGAAAUCUAGCAGCGAUCCUAACUACGAGUUGCACGUACUGACAGAUACAAAUGCUCUCGUUGGUAUUAAAAAGAAAUCAAAUGGUGCUAAGUCCUCAGAAUGUAAAUGUUCUUCGGCUACCAGCUACAAUAGUGCAAAAUAUCAAUGUGUUAAACUAGACAGCUCUAAUACGUUUUGUAAGUGUCCGUGCUAUUCCAGGGCCCAGUUUGACUAUUGCAACAACGACUUUCCCCUGAGAAGUGGUGGUUACCCCACUUGUACACCAGAUAUACCACCAUUGAAAAUAACAGUUAAUAUCGACAAAGAAACAGUGCAGUCUUAUGACGCGUGUUUAAAAAUAAAUUGUUUGGACAAGGAAACAAGAAGCGAUUGUCUUCACUCUGGUGUGUGUGAAUGGAGUGAUGCCGAGAUGUGUUUAGUUGCGUGUAAAGUACACACGGGCGUUAGCGACAAGCGUGUAUUAAUCGGAUGGUCUGUGGCAUGUGUUCUGCUGGGUAUAAUAAUCAUCAUCGUUUGUGUGGUCUGCAAAAGGAAGCAAAAGAGAAAUGUUGCUGCAAAAAGGGAAACGCAAUGGCAGAAUUAA